CCGCACCAUGGGUGGCCCGGAAACUCCAUGGUGCAUUAGUGGCAUAAAAGCCCAAAUACCUUAGGCCAGACUAUGUCCUUUUCCCUUAGGUCAUUAUGUGGUCUACUCCUGACGUCAAGGUAAAAACCGUCGUAGUGAGCAUAUUGUCUGUGCGUCCUCCUCCUAUUUGAAGUGAUUAAUUUAUGUCUUCACAAUACGUACACAAAUAAAACCGAUUACCAUCUUUAAUUAAACAGUGGAGAUAACUUACCCACUAAUUCUAUCUUUAAGUAAAAUUUAAACAUGUUCUAUUUGAGUGUAUUUAUCCUUAAUUAAAUAGCUUGGGGACUCUGAAAAUUCUUGCCCUUUGAUCCCCUUUCAUGUUCUCUGUUCUUUUUUUUUUUUUUUUUUGGUUCCUUUCUUUAUAUAUAAUUUGGUUGACUCCAAAUUACAAAACAAACCCUAGCAAUCGGUUGAAUUUUGACGCCAAUUAGUUGAUGGGUUUCUAUCCCAACAACAAUUUGGUGCAAAGACAGCAACUAAAGUUUCCGAUUUCUUUCCAACUCGUUUUUACUUGAAGCAACAACCUAAAAAAGCAAAUUCCUCACCUAAAGAAACACCUCAAAGCAAAAGCAAAUGCGCUUUUGAGUUUGCCAGUACCAAUCAUAACCAAGUUAGCUAGCUCCUUCUCUUUUUUUAUAAGAAAUUUACUCCUUUUGUUCGUAAAAACAAAACUGAUAUAAAAUUUUACACAUAAAUUCCGACAUCAUAUAUUAUACUGACCAAAACCCACCGAAACUCAGUAACCCUAAUACCAAAUUUAAUAGCUUUUUCAAAGAAAUGGGGACCACAGAAAGAACAAAGAAGAGGGCUCAAUUAUGGAAGAAAGCAGCGGUCCAUUUUGCUAUGUGUUUUGUUAUAGGGUUCUUCUCAGGCUUUGCUCCAACGGGUAAGGCUUCAUUUUCCGCUAGAACCGCUGCCGCGGUUUCCUCCAAUAAACCACAGCACUUUCCGUUGCAGUCAGUAGAACCACCGCAAGAAGUACCGGAUGCUAUUAAUAGAAGUUUGAUAGCUACAGAGGCACAGAAUGUGUCAAUGGCGGCAGCAGCAGAACCUGCAAGGCAUAAAAAGUACUCCGAAAACACGAGGUUCAUGUCACAACAUGAAGAAGUGGAAGAAGAGAAAGAACCCGAGGUGAUGACACCGAGAAGGUUCAUAAUCAUAGUCACUGCAACAGCAACAAGCACGAAAGACAUUAAGUUUAAAAGUGUGUUUUUGAGAAGACUGGCCAAUACUUUAAGGUUGGUUCCUCAGCCGUUGCUUUGGGUUGUGGUAGCGCCGAAAACGGAGACGAAUGAAGUGUCGGAAUUGCUGAGGGGAACGGGGAUUAUGUACAGGCAUUUGGUUUCGAGAAAGAAUUUCACAGACGCAGAAGCUGAAAGGGAUCGCCAGAGGAACAUUGCUCUUAAGCACAUUGAGAAGCACAGGAUUAGUGGGAUUGUUCACUUUGCCGGGCUUUCUAAUGUUUACGAUCUUGGCUUCUUCGACCAGCUCAGAGAAAUUGAGGUUUUUGGGACAUGGCCAAUGGCACUACUUGAAGCAAACAGAAAGAAGGUGAUCAUUGAAGGACCUGUAUGUGAUUCUUCACAAGUCAUAGGAUGGCAUUUGAAGCAAAUGAACAAUGAAACUGAGACUAGGCCUCCUAUUCAUAUCUCAAGUUUUGCUUUCAAUAGUUCAAUUCUUUGGGACCCCGAGAGGUGGGGGCGCACUUCAUCUCUUCAAAGCUCCUAUCAGACGAUCAAAUUUGUAAAGCAAGUGGUUCUUGAAGACGAAACAAAACUGAAAGGAAUCCCCCCAGAAGACUGCUCCAAGAUCAUGCUUUGGUGUCUUCGUUUUCAUGCCGCAGGACCAUACCAAAUCAAUCAACCAACAAACGGAAAUUAAUUCCAUCGGCGGCAAACCAAAAAGACAAAUUACUAUAUCUUUUUUUUUUUCCUUUUAUCAUGUAAUUCUUUGUAAUUUUAUUAGUUUUUUUUUUUGUCUUUUUUUAUAUUUUUUGGAGUAGAUUUACACCGACAGUAUACUUAAGUUAGUGGCUUAAAUCAUCAUAUCAUACGAAUUACCUUUCUCCCAUUUUAUAGCAACUUUCCCAACUUACAAUAAAAUAGGGUUGUUGCACUUAUUUUUUUAUUUUUUUUUAUUUUUACGUGUUUAUAUUUAUACUACCAAAACCAUAUUGUUUGAGUUUGAUAAACAACAUUUAUAAUUGCACGAGGUCUUUCAUUGAGUAAUCUUAAUUACAAUCAAGUAGAUAAAGAGACGUGAGUAGACCCAAAGUAUACUGUAUAUUGGGAAAAAAAAAACAUAAUUGUGGACUCACUUAUAUCGUCCAUAAAUAAGUCGAGCCAAAUCAUAUAUCAAUAUUUAAGAUUGGCUUGUUUAAUAUUUUUUGAGAUCAAAUUAGGCUUGGUUUACUUUCUAUACGAGUCGACCUUCAACGAGUUGAGCUCCA